AUGCAGCUGCCGCUACUCUCGUACGGUCUCUGGGCCCUGUUGGCCGUCCAGGCGACGGCGACAGCCCUAACGUACAAGCUCAACGCGAACGAGGAGGCCUGCUUCUACACGGUGUCACAGCAAAAGGACGAGAAGAUCGCAUUCUACUUUGCCGUGCAAUCCGGUGGCUCAUUCGAUAUCAACUACCGCGUGACCGGACCGAACGAUAAAUACAUCUUGGAUGGCGAGAAGGAGCGGCAAGGCGACUUUGUCUUCACCGCAAAGGAGGUCGGCGAGUACAAGUUUUGUUUCAACAAUGAGAUGAGCACCUACACGGAGAAGUUUGUCGACUUCGAGAUUGCGGUCGAGAACGAGGCUCGCGUCAGCCUUCCUUCGAAGCAGGGCGCCUCCCCUGAGCAGACCUCGUCGCUCGAGGAGUCACUGUUCAAGAUCUCGGGCCAGAUGUCGACCAUCACCCGCAACCAGAAAUACUUCCGCACCCGCGAGAACCGCAACUUCAGCACGGUCCGCAGCACAGAGGGGAGGAUUGUCAACUUCAGCUUGAUUCAGAUCGCGCUGGUUGUCUGCAUGGGCGCUCUCCAGGUCUUCAUCGUCCGGUUCUUCUUCCAGGGCGCGCGGAAGGGCUACGUAUGA